UGCGACUCCACAAAGAUUAGUAACACACUGUUGCUUUUAAGGGAGCGUGUUAUUUCAGUAAAUCCAACAGUUUAUUGUUUAUGUAGUCUAACGUUAGUAUUCUACCCAUGAGCCCGAGGCUAAUCUAAAACUGUCAGCCGAGGGAAAUGACAUGGCAACGGCAAAACUUAACGCUGGCUUGCGGGGAUUUGAAGUCGACCCUGUCGCUUUUUCUCUGAAGGAGUGAACUGCAGCAGCAGCAGCAGCAGCAGCAGGACCAGCAAGCGAGUGAAGUUUACUACUGUUCCCUCGAUAACAAAAGAGGGGGACCGCCUUUGUUUUUUUGGAUAACUAUUCGACGCCAUCGCACAGUUAAAAGCCUGAAAACGAUUCGGAGUUCAAGACAUGCUCCCGCCGUGUUUGUGUUGUUGAAGGACAUGGACAACAGGGACGGGCAGUCUGAGUAACUCUGACUCAAAACCAUUGUUGCAUCAGAUCAUCGACACCACCGUUGGUCAGUCCAAAUAAAUGUAAAGACAUCUCUGGGUCAAGGUACCAUGGAUAUCUUUACCCGGCCAAGCAAUGAAAUCCAAAGGAGGAACCCUCAGCAUGACUUUGAACUCAUUCAGAGGGUUGGAAGUGGCACAUAUGGAGACGUGUAUAAGGCUCGAAACAUACAAACCGGAGAGCUUGCUGCUGUGAAGGUCAUAAAGUUGGAACCAGGGGAUGACUUUUCCAUCAUACAGCAGGAAAUCUUCAUGGUGAAGGAAUGCAAGCACCACAAUAUUGUGGCCUACUUUGGGAGCUACCUCUGUCGAGAGAAACUUUGGAUAUGCAUGGAGUACUGCGGGGGAGGAUCUCUGCAGGACAUCUAUCAUGUGACUGGACCUCUGUCAGAGCUUCAAAUAGCAUACGUCUGCAGAGAGACCUUACAGGGUUUGGGAUAUCUCCACAGUAAGGGGAAGAUGCACCGCGAUAUCAAGGGUGCCAACAUACUGCUGACAGACAACGGAGACGUGAAGUUGGCUGACUUUGGAGUUGCAGCCAAAAUAACAGCCACCAUUGCCAAAAGAAAGUCCUUUAUCGGAACACCUUAUUGGAUGGCUCCUGAAGUAGCUGCAGUGGAGAAGAACGGGGGCUACAACCAGCUGUGUGACGUCUGGGCUGUUGGCAUCACAGCCAUAGAGUUGGCUGAGCUCCAGCCUCCGAUGUUUGACUUGCAUCCAAUGAGGGCCUUGUUUUUGAUGUCGAAGAGUAGCUUCCAGCCUCCGAAGCUAAAAGAUAAGAGCAAAUGGUCUCCUGCCUUCCAUAACUUUGUGAAAGUGUGUUUAACAAAGAACCCAAAGAAGCGGCCCACUGCAGAAAAAAUUCUAGGGCAUGUGUUUAUGGCUCAGACGGGUUUGACGAGGAGACUUGCCAUGGAGCUUAUUGAUAAGAUGAACAACCCGGACAACCACCAGAAUUUUGGAGAAAUGGAUGAGGAUGACCUUGAGUUUCAGGGAAACAGCGAAGUCAGACACACCAUCCGCUCCACCAAUAAGCACGCCAGAGCUGAGAGGACGCGCUCAGAGAUCGACUUUGACAAGCUCCAGUUUAAAGCACCAGUACAGAAGGAAACUGCGGCUCAUUAUGAAACGGAUGUCAAAGAUAAUGACUUCUCCCCCUGGAGUCCUUUUGCAGAUGGAGGAAUAACAACCAGGAGCCUUCUCAAAAGCGUUGAGGAUGAAUUGUUCCAACGGGGACACGUCGCCCAUCUUGAAGAUGCCUUUGAUGAUACGGAGCGAUCAACCAUCAAGCCAGGCGUUCCUCCUCCUCUGCCUCCAAAGCCAACUUCAAGCGCCUCAUCAGAGGAAAUGGGCCUUAACGAUGAGAGGUCUGUGACAGUAAAGAGGUUCCCUAACUCGGAGAAUGGACCGAGCCAAGUGGCUCGCAGACAGAGCACGCCUGAGCAGGGCAACAAGGUGGAGAACUCAUCUCCAGACCUCCUGUCAGCCAGCGUCAGUAGCCCCGGCCUUUUGUCGCACUCAUCGGAUCCUGAUAAUGAUUCAGAUGGCAGUGUGAAUGGAGGGAGUCCCAAGCCACCAUCCAGUGAGCAAAAUCGGAAGGAGAAAAAGGAAUUCCCUAAACCAGCUAUCAACGGCCUGCCACCCACUCCUAAAGUACUGAUGGGAGCCUGCUUCUCUAAAGUGUUUGAUGGCUGUCCAUUGAAGAUCAACUGUGCCACGUCAUGGAUUCAUCCAGACACCAAAGAUCAGUACCUAAUCUUUGGGACAGAAGAUGGCAUUUAUACUCUGAAUCUUAAUGAGUUGCAUGAAGCUACAAUGGAGCAGCUCUUCCCAAGGAAAUGCACGUGGCUCUACGUUAUCAACAACAACCUGAUGUCUUUAUCAGAAGGUAAAACCUUCCAGCUGUACUCCCACAAUCUCAUCGGGCUGUUCGAGCAGAUGAAGAAGCCUGGCCUGGCCGCUCAGUUCCAGACUCAUCGCUUCCCUUUGCCCAAGAGAUUUGCCUUGACAACUAAGAUCCCUGACACAAAGGGCUGUCACAAGUGCUGUAUUGUGAGAAACCCGUAUACUGGCCACAAGUACCUGUGUGGAGCGCUUCAGUCUGGGAUUGUCCUUUUGCAGUGGUAUGAGCCCAUGCAGAGAUUUAUGCUCAUCAAGCACUUUGACUUCCCUCUUCCCAGCCCGCUAAAGGUGUUUGAGAUGCUGGUGGUUCCAGAGCAGGAGUAUCCUCUGGUGUGUGUUGCCAUCAGCCAGGCCACAGAGCCGAGUCAGGUGGUCUGCUUUGAGACUAUCAACCUCAACUCCUGCUCAUCGUGGUUCACAGAGAUUGGACCAGGUAAUCAGCAGGUGGAUGCAAUCCAUGUCACCCAGCUGGAGAGAGACACAGUGUUGGUGUGUUUGGACCAAAAUGUGAAGAUCGUUAAUCUCCUGGGCAGACUGAAAUCCAACAAGAAGCUGGCUUCUGAGCUCAGCUUUGACUUCUGCAUCGAAGCUGUUGGUAAGAUUUCUGAAAGUGUGUGUGUGUUCUUUCUUUUGAAGGUGACCCAGGAGAUUUCUGAUCCAAGCAGAGUCUUCCGCCUCCUUGGAUCUGACAGGGUGGUGGUCUUAGAGAGUCGACCGACCGACAACCCCACGGCCCUGAGCAACCUCUAUAUUUUAGCUGGUCACGAGAACAGUUACUGAUCCUCAGCCAGUGACUUGCCAGGUCUUUGAAAAGUGGAUAAGAGGCCUCACUUUUGGGAGAAAAUGACACUCUUAGACCUGCGUUUCUGUUACGAGAAUUGUCCGGUUUAAAAGCGUUUUUGGGAGCUUUUGUUACUGAUCACGGGAUCUGCAGGUCAGUAAAAGAGGAGCCUGGUCAGUUCGGAUUCAUACGUAGCCUUUCACCAGCAAGACGUUAACUGUAGCCUCCUUCAUCUCAAACAAUGCGAGGACUGUUACGAGCAGGAGGAGAAGCAGUAAAAGCUUGAAUAAUCAUCAUUACUUAGCGUUUUCCUCACUUUCCUGUACUGUGGACUGAGUUACAAACAAAUUAUCUAGAGGUAUUAUUACAAAAGUGCCAUUAAAAUUCACAAGAAUUGUGAUUGUAUUAGGAAACCAUGGGAGAUUUGUUGUGUUAUUGUCUGUCACUCAUAAUUACUGCCAGUGGCAAAUGUUAGUAGGCUUGAGAGGAGAUUUUACAAGCUCUGUAGUGAGAAUAAUAGAUCAGUUGAAACAGAAACUCACAAGUGCUGUGGGUUAUUUAAGCAAUAUUUAUUAACCUCAUCUUCCGUAAGAGGGUAUGUUGGAUUUAUACACGGUGACGGAGCGGUCUGCUGUGUUAAAAUUAACUACCUAAGCAGCUUUGGGUUAUUUUUACUGCUCUGUAAUAUAGUUGCAUCUCCUGCUCUGC